AUGACAGCUUCUACCGUCUCACCAUACAAAUCAUGGACUUUAUCCAUUGGGUUACUCUUGAUGACUCUUGCUGCUUUCUACAUGGGAUUCUACAGUGUGUCCAUUCCCAACCAACAAGCUCACAAAACCAUGACCACAGCCAAUCUAGGAGAAGGCUUUUUCGAAAAGUGGUUCCUUCCCUACCACAACUCUUCCACAUUGAAAUAUUGGGCCUUCGUUUUACAUGUCGUUCCGGGAGGAGUGGUCUUCUUUUUAACUCCCUUACAAUUCAUUCAAACACUCCGAAAAACCAUUCCAGCUUUGCAUCGUUUCAUGGGCUAUCUCACUCUCACCAGUGUUUGCAUUUCCGUUCCGGCUGCUCUCUGGCUGCUCACCUCGAGUUUGAUGGGACCCAUUUGUGCUCUGACUUCUCUCGUGGUGGGUGUGUGGUGUUUGUUUUGUGUGUAUCGAGCUUGGGAAACCGCGCGCGCCAAAGAUUUUGUUUCGCAUCGUAAAUUUACAAUCCGAAUGUGGAGUGUGUGUUUUGGUAUUUUUGUCAUGAGAAUAUUCAUUGGUAUGGUGAAGAAUGUGUUUUAUCCGGAACAUGCGUGGUUGGAGGAUCAGAUGGCCAUGACUUUGUUUUCGAUCGAGUUUGUGGUGGGAUGGGCCAUGUCGUGUGGUUUUGGAGAGUUGUAUUUGAAAAUGACAAGUUGGGAGGUGAGUGAUGAAGGAAAGAAAAGUCAUUGA